CGGCUGCGAGAGCGGCAGAGACGGCUCUGUGCAGCGAUGCUGCUGUUGCUGCCACUGCUGAUGCUGGGCUAAGCGCGACGCGUGGAGCGAGCGAGGGAGCGGAGGAGCGAGCGCUCCGUGCACUCGCACCGGUUGAGGAGGAGACUCGGACGGAAUUUUAGCGCGCACGGCUAUCAGGGACCCGUGGCGCGUUCAUUCGUCCAUUCUCUUUUUCUCUCCCACCUCGCUCCACCUCUGUCGUUUCCUCUCUGUCUCUCUCGCUCAGUCUCUCUCGUUCUCCCGCUGUUUCUGUUUUCGCAAUAUUCGAGUGCCCGGCUUUGCUGCAGCUGCAGAUCUUCACGAUGCGUAUCGCGAGAGGUGUCCUGCCCAGAUCAUAAAGACUAGCGCACGCUGGAUGCGCCCACCCAGAAUGCCGACGUUACGUAUCAUGACCCUGUUCAUCCUCGUCAAUUACCACUCGCCUGCCGGAUGGGGCCAGCGCAGGGACGAGCGCCAGUGCUGGAGCUCUGUCCAGAAGGCGUUUUACGGCUCCUUCACCAGCAGGGAUCCCUCGCAUUACCACGACGACCGAUCGGGGUGCGGAUGGAUAAUAGCGAACCCGGACCCGGCCAAGUACGGCGUCUUCGUGAAGCUGUCCAAGGACGCGUUGGCGUGCUCCUCCCACCAGCUGCUGGCGUACAUGUUUGACUCGAAGCCCUUCGACAACCGCACGAGCCAGGACGUGGAUAUUCUGCGCGAGGUGUGGGACGUGUGCGACGUGCCCUCGGCCAUCGUCUACUUCCAGACGGACGCGCGCUACCUGCAGCUGCGCUUCUUCUCCGAGGACGGGAGCACCGAGACCGCCAGCUCGAACGCGCUGCGCGGCGCCGACCGGCCAGGAGUUUCGCUCGAAUUCGUGAUCCUCGCCACGGAGGCGCCUAGCGCGGGUGGCUGCCAGCUCGUGUGCGGCUGGUUGACCAGCUGCCCCUGUCGCCCCAGCUUGCUCGACGAUGCGGCUUUGCACUGCGGGAUCGUACAGGCGCCUUGCGACUGCUCUGCCCGGCAUCUGGACGACCCCGGGGGAGGAGGAGGAGGAGAGACAGGUGGAGGAGGAGGUGCGGCAGCUCCCGAUGAAUGCGAAGGAAAUUAUAAACGUGCCUCGAGGCGCAGCUCCGCGAAUGUCGAGUGUGAUCCCGCCGAAGAUGCCACUCCAGGCUGGUGGGCAACCUGGUCGGAGUGGGGUGCCUGCUCGCGCUCGUGCGGAGGCGGGCUGCGGGUGCGGAUGCGGGAGUGUGACGUGCGCUGCCCGCACGCCUGUGAGGGCCUGGCAGAGGAGACGGACGGCUGCGGCGAGCAGGACUGCCCCAACAGAAGGAGCCAGACAAAGUAUGCCCUGCGAAGCCACGGCCUGCGCUCCGUGGACUUCCGCAACAGGGAGACACCGCCUGCUCCUCCCUACGUCGGCUCAUCCUACAGCUCGCAUUCAGGGAGUGAGCUCAAUACGGAGGAGUGGUCCAAAUGGAGCGCUUGCUCCGUCACGUGCGGCCAUAGCAUCCAGAUCCGGACGCGCUCGUGCGUGACGGCGUCGUACGGCUCGCUGUGCGCCAGCCCGCUGCGCGAGACCAAGCCCUGCAACACCACCGUCAGCUGCCCCAUUAACGGGCUGUGGGACGAGUGGAGCCCCUGGAGCCUGUGCUCCAGCACGUGUGGCCGCGGCUACCGCGAGCGCGUGCGCUCCUGCACUCAGCCCCAGCACGGCGGGCGGCGCUGCGAGGGCCCCGAGCGGCUGACCAAGAACUGCAACAUCGCCCUCUGCCCGGGUAACUUCGUGGAUGGACACUGGUCCAAGUGGACGAGUUGGAGUCCCUGCUCGGUGAGCUGUUCCAAUGGCACGCAGCAAAGGACCCGGGAUUGCAUGGAGCCUUCAUUCGGGGGCUCCGACUGCAGAGGCAGUGUGUCUGAAGAGCGCCCUUGCUAUAAUGCUGACUGCCCAAGCUCUCUAGAAGAGUUAAGAAAAUGCAACGGUCGAAAAUGCACAGCUUUACAUGAAUUUUGCGACCAGGAUGUCCACAUUGGGCUGACGUGGAAACAAAUAUCAGCCGGAGAAACCGCCAUCAAUCGCUGUCCACCCAACGCCUCUGGGAUCAUCACGCGGAGAUGCUCAUUGGAUUCCCGGGGGCUUGCAUACUGGGAGCCACCAAGCUAUUCACUUUGCGUGUCACAUCAUUUCAACAUGCUUCUGCAAACGAUGAAAGAACACCUUUCGAAAGGCCACAGGCCAUCGGCAAGUGAAGGAAUGGCACAAGUGAUGAGAAAUCUAUUUGAUUCAUCUCACCUGAAGCACAUGUACAGCGGAGACUUGCUCGUCUCAGUAGAUAUUUUAAAGAACGUUACAGAGGCAUUCAAGACUGCCAGUUACAAUCCAUCUUCGGAAGAUGUCCAGAACUACGCUCAAAUUUUUAGCAACCUGCUCUCAGAAGAACACAAAGAAAAGUGGGAUGAUGCACAGCAGCUAUACCCUGCGUCAUUGGACUUAAUGAAAAUUGUGGAGAACUUCAUUCAUAUUGUGGGAGCUGGCAUAAAGUCAGUGCAUACAUCAUACCUCAUCACGGAAAACAUAGUUAUCAGCAUCCGCAAGCUGUUCAUCAUGGAGGAAACGGCUGACAUAACGUUUCCGGUGAAGGCGAGGAGAGGCAUGGUGGAGUGGGCGCGCAACAGCGAAGACAAAGUGACCAUCUCGAAAGCGACCCUGUCAUCAUUCACGUCAGGCAUGCAGGAGUCAGCAGUUGUUGGGAAUGUGCUUUAUAAGACGCUCGGAAGCAUUCUUCCACCUCCAAGGAAUGCGAGUGCUAUAAACUCACGGGUAAUUUCCGUUACCGUGAGCCCGACAAUGAAAACCAUUACGCCUCCAAUUGAAAUUGUAUUCUCACAUCUACUGAACGUGACGUCCAAUUCGUUUUGCGUAAUUUGGAACAGUACAAAAAACGGCGAGGGGAGCUGGAGCGAGAGGGGCUGCCGAGCCGCGAUCAGCGACGCAGCUCACACGCGCUGCCUGUGCGAACGCGCCUCCGCUUUCGCCAUUUUAGCGCCGCUCUCCGACGAGCAGAACACGGAUCGCCUCGGCAUGUCUUCGGUCAGCCUCGCAGUGGGAUGCAUCAUCUCAUCCCUGGCCCUUUCCUUCUUAAUUGUUGUUUAUUUAAUAUUCUGGAGGGCUAUCAAGUCUGACAGAUCAGUCAUCCUGAUCAAUUUCUGCUUCUCCAUAAUUGCUUCCAACAUACUUAUUGUUGUGGGGCAAACACAGAUGCAAAACAAGGUAGCCUGUGCCAUCAUCGCCGGGCUCCUGCAUUUCUUCUUCUUGGCCUCGUUCUGCUGGGUGCUGACCGAGGCAUGGCAGUCCUACAUGGCCGUCAUCGGCCGUCUUCGGCACAAGAUCGUCCGCAAACGCUUCCUCUGCCUCGGCUGGGGACUUCCAGCACUGGUGGUGGCAAUAUCGAUUGGCUUCACCAAGGCCAAAGGUUACGGUACAGCCUCUUACUGCUGGUUGUCUUUGGAAGGUGGCCUCCUGUACGCAUUUGUUGGCCCUGCAGCAAUGGUUGUUCUGGUUAACAUGGUCAUUGGGAUUUUGGUCUUUAACAAGCUUGUGUCCAAAGAAGGAAUACCCGACAAGAGGCUGAAGCACAGGGCUGGUCCCAUGACUCUGCCUCAAAAUGGUUUGACACUUAAAUGCUCCAAGUGUGGCGUUGUGUCUGCGUCUGCCUUGUCGACUUCAACUGCCAGCAACGCCAUGGCCUCCCUGUGGAGCUCGUGCGUGGUGCUGCCACUGCUCGCUCUCACCUGGAUGUCGGCCGUGCUGGCUAUCACCGACCGCCGCUCGCCGCUCUUUCAGAUCCUCUUCGCCGUCUUCGACUCGCUGCAGGGCUUCGUCAUCGUCAUUGUGCACUGCGUGCUUCGGAAGGAGGUGCAAGAUGCCCUUAAAUGCAGAUUGGGUGACACACAGGACCAUGUGAAUGGAGAUUCAAGUGGGUCCUUUCCCAAUGGCCAUGUCCAGAUCAUGUCUGAUUUUGAAAAGGAUGUUGAUAUGGCCUGCAGAUCAGUUCUCCACAAAGACAUCAACACCUGCCGGAGGUCCGCCAAAGGGCCCCUCACGAGGGCGACGGUGCGGGAGGAGGAAAUCCUCGACAAGAAGGACUUCCAGGCCAUCCCCGGUGGGCCUGCCAUUCCCAUGGGCUGCGCCAUCCCAGACAUCCAGCUGCAGGGACCCUCUGGCUACCUGUCCCCCAUAGGCAUGGCGCCCAUCCUGGGCACCGAGCAGCCACCCUGGAGCAUCGAGGGGGACGGCGGCGGGCGGCCGCUCAGCGGCCUCUACGAGGGCGGAGAUCUGAUGACGCCGCUGCAGCCACAGCAGCAGCAGCAGCCGGUGGCGGCUGUCGAGCUGUCGAGCGCCGAGAAGCGCGCCCUCGAGAGUGACUAUGUGGUCCUGCCACGGAGCUCGGUCACCUUCAAAGACCAGGAGGUGAUGGGCAUGGGCGUCGGCCUCAUGGGCCAGGGCACUUUGAGCCGCAUGGGGCUCGUCAUGGGCAUGGACCAGGGCAUGGCGCUGGGUGUGGGAGGCCCAGACAUGGAGCAGUACGGAAUGGCUGGGCUGGAGCAGCCACUGCAGAUGCAGCACCAGCAGCAGCAACACCAGUAUCAGAAUGUGCCCUUGGAGUCAAGGCCAAUGGCCAAGCAUUACAGUUUGACCAAAGUGAGCAAGGAGGCAAUGAUGGGAGGCACCCCGCGCAGCGAGACCAGCUCAACCGUGUCCAUCAGCUCCUUAGAGAGACGAAAGUCCAGAUAUUCAGAAUUAGAUGUGGAGAAGAUUAUGCGCACUCGCAAGAGACACCAAGAAAUGUUCCAGGAGCUCAAUCAGAAGUUCCAGACUUACGAGAAAGGACGGGAGUCCCCUACUGUAGAUAUUGCAUGCCAAGAGAAGCAGACCCCGAGCAAGACGUCAUGGGAUUGCAUCCGGAGGGCUAGCCCCACCCAGCAAACCUGGGGCAAAAAGGAGGCCUACGGAGAGGCCCAUCAACGGGUAGAACUCAAAAACAUUGAGUGGGAGAAACCAGGGGCCACCAUUCCACUGGGGGGUCACGAAAGCGACAUACAAACCGAAGUGUGACCGCGCGUUCUUCUGCAACGCCGUGGACACCGGGCCUUGUGACGAGGGGGGGUGGGGGAGUGGGGGGAGUGGCGGGUGGGCGCUGCUUGGCUCGGUCGGGACGGGGGAAGCCCACCAACCAUCACCUUGCUGCUUGAAGUCGAGCUUUAGGACAAUCGGCUGAAUGGAAAAUAAAGAAAAAAAUUAAACCUUAUCUCCAUCCACCUAACUUUUGUCAAACUUGUUGACGGACUUAUAUUUGCUUGAUAUCCAAGCAUGUUUCAAAACAGACCUUUAAGACGACAUUUUUUUUAAUGUCAUAGCCUGUUAUAUGUAUAAACCUAUUUAUAUCAUAUAAAAAGCUGGACCUAUACAUUUCCAUCUCGAUAAACUGCAGAUGUUUUUGUUUCUUUCUCAUGAACACUUUGAUGUGAUUUACGUUACGAAAAACGUUCCCACUUUUCACAUUUGCAUAGACGCAAUGGAUAAUCACCAUUACUGUUGGAUUGUGUUUCUUUGUAGAAGAUUUACUGGGUUGACUAUUUUGUGGAAUGUAGUAUUUCUAUAAAAAAAGUUCUCAGUCCAUUAAAAGUUUCAUUUUGAUAUAAAAAAAAAUGUUGAUACACACAGUCUAGAGACUUUAUGAAAUGGGAAAAAAAUGAUGUUUAUGUAGAUUAUUCCAAAAUAUUCAUGUAUAUUUCUGUAACACAUAUUUGAAAGAUUACAUAACUUAGGUUAAUAAAUUUUUAUAAAAAAUGGUUGUUUGUGCUCGUUCCACCCACACUUUGUUCACUAUAAGAUUGUAAAUCAAACUAGUGUAUUCAUUUAAAGAGAUGCAGUAACUCUUUGUUGAACUUGGAACUUUUAUUCCUCAAGCGAAAAUCUUCGGUCAAAAAAAUGAAAAAAAUAUGACGGUGUACAUGAAUGCAAACAUUUUCCCGCUUGCUGCAACACGUAAUUUAUACAUGUGGUUUAUUUGUGUCUCAAUAUUUAUUAUGAUCUGCAACAUUGAUUAAAACACGAUCGGUCUACUGUCUCAAAUAAUCGGUCACAUAAAUCCAGUCAUUGAUGCCGAAUUUUCAUGCUGUCAAUUACUUGUCCAUGGCUUAUUCUUCAAUGUGUUUAUCUACAUUAGCACUCUUUGAAAGUGUCUGUGACCACAGUUGCUAUGAAGAGUAUAAGAUGUUUUGUUAUAUUCGUCCUUUUUUAAAUUGACAGAUCGCCAUAAAUUUGUAACUGAAGAUGAAUUCACAUGGUGAAUCGAUUAAUAAUGUAUAAAAGUUAUUUAAAAAAACAGUUUUAUUUGUCACAAGUAAAGCGUUUUUGUUAUUGCAAACGUUAAUGGAAGGCAGCAGCUAUGCUGGAACGCACACACACAUUGACGACCAAGCCUGAAUAACAAAAUCAUAUCGAUUCCUACAACUAUAAUGAAUGUUAAAAAAGAUCAUUGUACAUGCACGUAUGUGAGCGUGUGUUUGUGUAUGUAUGUGCACACAGGUGAACAAUGGAACAGUGGUUAGUGUACUACUGCACUACGAACCCAGAAACCUGUUUUAAAUUCUCAGACACAGCCAGCAUCAGGGGCGAGUGAUAUCAAAACUGGUCCUGGACACCCCCAAGAUAAAGGAGUCGCUGGUAAAGAAUCAGAACAUUAGCACGGAGGAGAUAAAGGUGGCAAGGCAUUGUGCUGGCCAAACCAUCCCCUCGUGCACCAUUUCGGCCUUAAUAAGUGUUCGCUAACAGCAUUUAUCCCAACAGUUUCUAAAUGCUAUGGUGGUACAUGUGUCUAUGAAUGUGUGCGCACAUGUCUCACGUACGUGUUCGUGCGUGUAUGCGUGUCUGCACCUGUGCGCGUGCUGUGCUGUGCACUUGCCAUGCCACUUAUCGUGACUGACUAAGACCUUCAUUGCAGUCUGUGGGCAUCAACAAUCAAUGCCUCCACUUCCAAUGAAUGCCUGAGCUCCCGACUGACAGCACCGACACAGCGCACGGUGCAAAGAUUGGCAUACACAGGUCUUUAUUAAGGGUAAUGUUUUCGGCACAAUUGCUUGCAAGGCUGACAUCUAUUAAAUUUUGUAAUCAGGAAACAUGGUCACUUAAAACAAAUUGUUGAAAAGCCAGCAGUACAUAAGACUGCAUUCUCAUUUCAACGAAUGUCGAUUUCUGUAAACGUGAAACGGCUUGGUGAGGUGAAGCGAUGUUUACGUGGAACAUAACCACACGCAUAGUUGCCAAAAUGCGCCACACUGCUGAUGGGCUGGGCUCGUGCGGCACCGUUAGCACUGCGCAGUUUUUUUUUAUUUGCUUGGCCCUGUAAUGUCCACAAAAUGAUCAAUCGGAGAGUAAUAUCCAUCAUUAUCGAUAUAAGGGUACAUGCUAACAUUUGUUUCGCUACUUCAGCAACAAAAAACAAUCGGCACGCACUCAUAUCAGCAAUUGCAAGAAGUAGAGCGUCAUAGGUUUUUGUGAACCAUGCAAAGAUGGUGAAGUUUAUCAUAUUCCCAUUGGGACUAUCUGGAAAGAUACAAUUCUUAGUAAUUUCCACCAUAUAUACUCUCCACAAUUUACAAUAAGAAGCACUAUUGCAAGUAACAUCUUUUUUCGGAAAACAUAAAAAUUGUUAAUGUGUGUACAGUAAUACAUUACAUUUAUAAUAUAGAGCCCUUUUGUUAAUCCACUGCUGGAUGAAGGCUUACAGACACCGUGUUGAUCAUGGUGAUGUAUUGGCCAUACUUGACCACGUUGAUCGGUGUGGGCUGGUGAAGGGGAUCCAUGAUCAGUUCAGAUAUCACUCACUCGCGUUACUUAUAUAGAGUACAGAAUAAUUAGUUUAAAAAGGCAAAUUAAUGUUUAAUAAUUGAUUUAACUAAAACAGUUACUUUUGUUCAGCAAAAUCUACCCAGUGACGAGUUUGAGACAGCUGAAUGUAGAGGUAUUAAGUAGGCGUUUAAUGAUGUAUUGGUUCAAUCACAAUCGACUAGUACGCUCAUGAUAUAUGCAUCAAAUUGCACGUGUAAAAGGAAUUAUUUGCGAUUUUUGUAAACGAGUUGCUGAUGUCACCGGUUGCUGCGAACAAAAAAUUAUACAAUUGAGUCAAAAAGGACAGUGCCAACGGAACGACAAAAAAAACCUUUAAUUAAUUGGUUCUUGAUUCGGAUCGCAACAAUUCAAAUAUUGUAGCUGUAUCGAUUUGGGAAUUGGCAGAAUCGUGUGUUCAGGAAAAUAUGUCAAAGUGGGGGGGGGGGGGGGGGGAUAAUGAUUCAUAUUCUUGAAUUAUUCAGGCGUCCAUGACUACUUUGGUCAGUCGGGGCAGUAGACACUACAGACGGUUUCAGGGCUGUCAAAAUUUGGGAAUGCCUUUGUGUGAGAUUUGACCGGAUACGUUUCACGCAUAUUUUUGCCAGUGAGGUUCAGAGUGUUGACCGUGGCAGACGCCCGUCAGUGUGGGUGGCGGCCGUCUGCUGGGUGUGUGUGACAGGGCCCUACAUUGCGCGUGUUACACACGCAAUAUCCCUUGUAGUUCGGGACGCCAGUAGCUGACUGGUCUCGAUAGAGGAUAUAUGUGUUUAAUUUUCUUUUGUAUCGCUUCGAAAUAAAAAGGGAAAAAAAUGGA